GCAGCGAGAAGCAACAGUGGAAGUAGAAACUGUAGCUGCUGCCAUUAAUUAUCUGUAUCUGUUGUUAACCGUUUGUAGACACCUACGGUUACGGAAGAAGUUAUAGAGAAAGUUAAUGGUGACUUCUGCGCGCUUUAUAAUACAUGAAGAGUGAAAGGGAACAAUGUUUAGAACAGGUAGCUGUGGCUUGCUAACUUCUUAGCUAGCUUGCUAACAGUCAGCUGUUGUUAUGGUUGGGGAGAUAGCUAGCUAAAAAAAAUUAUAAUAGAGUGUUGAGUUUUAAAUUUGUUUAAAUUACCAAACUUCAUCGGACUGUUUAUUUCCGCAUCGACUUUGGACACAUGGGACUGGCUGGUUGGUGUUUAAUGGAGACCUAAAAGGCUGCAUCACUCCGACAGGCUGCUGUAACUGAUCCUGCAGAAGUAUCUUGGGACUCAAUCAGGACUGCUUCAAGAUGCACGACGCUUAUGAGCCAGUUAAUAUUUUGGAAAAGCUUCCCCUUCAGAUCGACUGUCUUGCUGCUUGGGGUGAGUGGCUUUUUUCACACCUUCCUGUCGUUCAUCGGUGGUUGUUUGUCCUUCAGCCUCAACUGUCCCCCAGGACACUAUACGUUGUCUCUCAGUACAAAAUUCUUGUCAGUCUUUUGGAGAACAACAUCCACGUCCAUGACCUCUUGACCUUUCAGCAGAUCACUGUGGUGUCUAAAGCCAAAGGGGCCACACUCAUCGCAUGCGACCUGCAGCAAACAAGUACAGGAGAGCAAAGCCUCAGAAUGUGCGUGGCAGUGAAAAGGAAACUCCAGCUGUAUUACUGGAAGGAUAGAGAGUUUCAUGAGCUGCAGAGCGACUUGGGUGUGCCAGAUAUUCCAAAGUCCAUGGCUUGGUGUGAAAACUCCAUCUGUGUUGGUUUCAAACGGGACUAUUACCUUAUUCGGCUGGAUGGGCGCGGCUCCAUCAAGGAGCUCUUCCCCACUGGGAAACAGUUGGAGCCUCUGGUUGCCCCCCUGGCUGAUGGAAAGGUGGCUGUUGGGCAGGAUGACCUUACUGUGGUACUUAAUGAAGAAGGAGUUUGCACCCAGAAGUGUGCCCUGAACUGGACAGACAUCCCUAUAGCCAUGGAGCACCAGCCUCCAUACAUCAUUGCAGUCCUCCCGCGGUACGUGGAGAUCCGGACCUUGGAGCCACGGCUGCUGGUGCAGAAUGUGGAGCUGCAAAGGCCACGUUUCAUCACAUCAGCAGGGCCAAAUAUCGUUUAUGUCGCCAGCAACCAUUUUGUUUGGCGCCUGGUUCCGGUGUCGAUAGCCAGCCAGAUCCGACAGCUUCUCCAGGACAAGCAGUUUGAGCUGGCGCUUCAGCUCGCAAAAAUGAAGGAUGAUGCAGAUGGUGACAAGAAGCAGCAGAUUCAUCACAUCCAGAACCUUUACGCCUUCAACCUGUUUUGCCAGAAGAAAUUUGAUGACUCCAUGCAGGUGUUUGCUAAACUUGGCACCGAUCCUACACAUGUGAUCGGACUUUACCCAGACCUACUCCCAUCAGACUUCCGCAAACAGCUGCAUUACCCAAACCCUCUGCCUACGCUGUCUGUCGCCGAGCUGGAGAAAGCUCAUCUGGCCCUUAUAGAUUAUCUUACCCAGAAACGCAGCCACCUUGUUAAGCAGCUGAACGACUCUGACCCCUCCACCACGUCUCCACUCAUGGAGGGCACACCGACCAUUAAAAGCCGCAAAAAGCUCCUGCAGAUCAUUGACACCACGUUGCUGAAAUGUUAUCUGCAUACAAACGUGGCCCUUGUCUCUCCUCUUCUUCGACUGGAAAACAACCACUGUCACAUUGAGGAAAGCGAGUACGUCCUGAAGAAAUCCCAGAAGUACAGCGAGCUCAUCAUUCUGUAUGAAAAAAAGGGCUUACACCAGAAAGCUUUGCAGGUUCUGUUGGACCAAUCCACCAAGGCCAACUCUCCUCUGAAAGGCCAUGAGCGAACCGUCCAGUACCUCCAGCGACUUGGAGCAGAGAAUCUGGGCAUAAUCUUCGAGUUUUCCCCAUGGGUGCUUAAGAUCUGUCCAGAGGAUGGCCUGAAGAUCUUUACUGAAGAUCUGCCUGAGGUGGAGACUUUGCCUCGAGACAAAGUGCUUCAGUUCCUGAAGGAAGGCUUUGAGGAGCUGGCCAUCCCGUAUCUGGAGCACAUCAUCUACGAGUGGGAUGAGAAGGGCCCGGAGUUCCACAACGUCCUGAUUCAACUGUACCUGAGCAGGGUUCAAGGCCUGAUGAAACAGUACCUCAACUCGCUGCCAGAAGGGGUUCCUGCUGUUCCUGCUGGGCAUGAGAAAGGUGAACUGGGAAGCUUCAGGAAUAAGCUGCUGUCCUUCCUGGAUAUUUCUACCAGCUACGAACCUGGCAGACUCAUCAGCGACUUUCCUUUCGAUGGGUUGCUGGAGGAACGGGCUUUGCUCCUGGGUCGCAUGGGUAAACACGAACAGGCUCUUUUCAUAUAUGUUCACGUUCUCAACGACACCCACAUGGCUGAAGAAUACUGUCACCGGCAUUAUAACAGUUCAGUGGAGGGAAAUAAGGACGUUUAUCUGUCCUUGCUGCGGAUGUACCUCUCCCCCCCUGACUCUCACUACCUGGGGCCCAUUACGAUGGAGCUCACUGAGCCUAAGGCAAACCUGCAGGCAGCCCUGCAGGUCCUGGAGCUGCACCACAGCAAGCUGAACACCUCCAAGGCUAUUAAUCUGCUCCCAGCAAACACUCAGAUCCGAGAGAUAAGGGUGUUUCUUGAGAGCGUCCUGGAGGAGAAGGCCCAGAUGAAGCGCUGUAAUCAGGUGUUGAAGAGUCUCCUGCAGGCCGAGUUCCUCCGGGUGCAAGAGGAACGAAUCUUCCAUCAGCAGGUUAAAUGUGUAAUAACAGAAGAAAAAACCUGCAGAGUCUGCAAGAAGAAGAUAGGAAACAGUGCAUUUGCCAGGUAUCCUAAUGGUGUGGUUGUGCAUUAUUUCUGCUGCAAAGAUCGCAGCGUCUGCCCCACUGAGCAGUAAGAGCCGCUUCACACUGGGCCUGAUAAACCCCCACCUUCUCCUCCACCCUUUGGACUCGGACAUGUUGGAAGGACUAAUAUAAAUAAAGUAUUGAUUUAUUUUUGGCCUGAGACAUCUCAGAGCAGAGCAGGGCCACAGUUUGAGCCUUUCUCUCGGUACACAUGAAGAAACAUUCGGAAAGACUCUCAAGAGGAAGAGAGAGGUCGAUGCAGACAAUCCAAAACGUGCUUCUGAAACACUGUAAAGGAUUUGUUGCCUUACAGGCAUGAUUAUUGACAGCUGGGAUGACGGAGGUUUGUGCUGAGUAUCUCUGAUUAUCACAGACUGGGCUUUUUUGGUUAGUUCCCUAGAGACCAUUGAUAUGCCAUACUGAGAGCUACAGUACUGUUAAACGCCUUCUGUGACUCUGAAGAUUGUACCUGUGUGAAACAAGAUGUCACUCAUCACUUUCUGUUAGAGUAUAACCAACUUUGUUGUUUCCCUAGAACAUAUCAGUUUUUGUCAUUUAAUAUAAUUUACAAUUCAGUUUUUUUUCCCACCUAAUCUAUACCCAAAUUAACCACUUGUUUUUUAUUUUAUUCAAUUUAAUCAGUUCAAUUGUGGGUUGAGGAAUAGAGUUUAUCACCAUCACUGGUCUGCCUUUGUUAGUUGGGAUCUGUUACAGUAAAUAUAUUUACCAUAGGUUUGGACUGUUUACACAAAACCUAAAAGAAAUAACAUCACCAAGGCUUAUUAAUCAGUUUUAAAACUGUAGCAGUAUUCACUUCAACACCUUUUUAUCAUUUUUUAUUUCCAACUUUAACUGGAAGCUUGAAUUUUUGUGUUUUCUCUCACUAAGAGAGAAAAUGUUAGUCCUGCACUUUAAAUUGAUUCUAUGAUUUUUUUUUUUUUUUAUACUGUAAUUAUACUAAACCUGAGAGGAAGGGUAGAUAUUUGAAGGCAAUAUUGUUCUGAAAUGUGUCUGUUUGCUGUUUCUCUAGUGAGAAGUUCAAGGAGCAGAGAUGUUUUCUUUACUAAAAAUUAAAAAAGCAUGCAGCGUUUGCUGGGUCAUUUCUCCUUAUUUGAUUUAACCUUUAAGCUCACAAAUUCAUAAACAAACAGGUUUUAGAUGCUAAACAUGCAUGGUAACAUUACUAUUGAGAAUGAAACUAAAGCUUUUUAAGUAAGUAAGUUUAAGAUUUGUAUUUUUUUGUUUUCAUCUACAAAAAUGUGAAAUCAAAUGUUCCAUCUGAUAGAAUACAAGCUUAGAAGUUACAAAUACAAGGUUACAGCUAAGAAACAAUAAAAGUAUAAAUCACUAAUUUAAACAAUCAUAAAUUUCCAAGUAUAAAUUGCAAAUAUAUGAGCAUUAAAUUACAGAUUUAAAGCACUGAAUAAGAAUUGUACAAGUUGAAUUUCGGUUGACUACAGUAAACAAAACAAAUGAUUGAUUUAAUAUUGACUUAAAUGUACAAAUGUUGUUACUCAUGUAUCCUUUUUGAGUUAUAUUAGCACAUAAUGGUGUUUGAGGACUGGCCAGCCUCUUAAACAUUUACAUAAAAUUUUUACUGGGACAAAUAUCCCCAUUCUAGACUUUUAAUGAUUUAUUUAAACAUUUCUUCUUUCAUUCAGGAAGGAAUUGAAUGAGCUAGCGGUGUCCCAAUCCAACUUUUUAAUUGCUGAUAUGACAUCAAAAUAGCAGCUUUGAGUUCUGUAUGAUACCAAUAUUGACCCAAUAAGAUAUCAGGACAAAAGAUACUCAAGUUGUUCGAAAGUCAAAAAAAGGCUGAUUAGGUACAACAAGUAUGAGAAAAACGCAUCCCUUUAUGUUUAACUAAUGCGUUGCAUAAAUUUUAUAUUAAAAAGGAAAUUCAUCUGUUGAAUAAAUUAUAAUUUAGAAGACUGGAAAAUUGUGCGAGACAGGUUUUGAACUCAGCAGUAGCUUGUUUUUCAACCUCCAGAAGGUAAAAGCCACAUCGCAGCGUAACAUCUGCUGUGGUGACGGCGCUCUGUGUGCAGGAUACAAGCACGGCUACAUAGAAAUACUAAAGCUGAUUACAUGAUGGAGCCAAGUCCAUCUAUCUGUGCUCAUAUCAGACAUUUUAGAUGCAAGUUGAUAUAAGUUGAUCAGCAGAUCCCUUCUUGAAACAACAUUUUGUUGAAUUUCUAAAAAGAACGAGGUGCAUGAGUUAAAGCUGAUUGAGCAAGUAUACAUGUUUCACUUCACUAUAAUGACCUUUGGAGAUGUUAAUGAUUUUUAUUGGUGAUCAUGUUUGCUGUGUUUGCAGUUUGCUCUGGAAUUUAUGUGAAUUUUCUUAAAUUAAUGGUUAUUUAACGUCUUCAUAUUAGAAUAAAAAAGAAACUGUAUGUGUGACUUUACACACACCUUAAAGACAUUUAAAGCAGAUGAAAAUAAUGCAAAAAUACAUUUAAUAAACAUGAAAUAUGCAAACUGAUAGAAGUAAAAGUAAAAGAUUGCUGACUGGUUAUUGAAAU